GGAAUUGCUGGAGGCAAGAUGGUGGUCAAGAAGAACGAACCAGGAGUUGGCUGAGGCACAAACUGUUUUUCCACAGAAGACUGGUUUCACUUUAUUUAACAGACGAUUAACAAGAAUCCCAUCAGGCCAUUAGGCGUCGGGGCACACGGUUAAAUGCUGUGAGGUGGCGAUGGCGGGCCGGAGGGAGGAGUGCCUCUGGAAGAAGCACAUUGCGGAGCAGCUGAAGCUGAGGGACCGCGUGCAGAGGCAGGCCUUUGAGGAGAUCAUACACCAAUACAACCGUCUCCUGGAGAAGUCGGACCUCCAAGCUGUGUUGUCUGAGCGACUUCAGAGCGACAAGUAUGACAACCAGAGCCGACAUGACCUCAGUCCGGGUGCAGGGGCAGACGCCAGUCGCAACGACACCCUGCAUCAGGAAAUGGCCCAGAUGCGCAUCAAGCACCAGGAGGAGCUCACCGAGCUGCACAAGAAACGUGGAGAGCUGGCCCAGAAUGUGAUUGAACUGAACAACCAGAUUCAGUUGAAGGACAAGGAGAUCCAGAGCAAUGAGGCCAAGAUGCUGGAGUACCAGCAGCAGAUCUCCGGGCUGCAGGGCGAGUGCCGUGAGCUGCGCGGCCAGCUGCAGGAGCUUGAGCGGGCCAACCAGACGCUGAAGGACGAGUACGACGCGCUGCAGAUCACCUUCUCUGCACUGGAGGAGAAGCUGCGGCGCACCACCGAGGACAACCAGGAGCUGGUCUCGCGCUGGAUGGCCGAGAAGGCCCAGGAGGCCAACAAGCUCAACGCGGAGAACGAAAAGGACUGCAGGCGCAGACAGGCCAAGCUGCAGAAGGAGCUGGCCGAUGCUGCCAAGGAGCCCCUGCCCAUCGACCCGGACGAUGACAUCGAGGUCCUGUCUGAAGACGGUGGUGGGAAAGGGGGCACGGGAGAACAGACUUCCCCUAACCGACCUCUUAGCCGCACAUCCAGUAAUCGCCAAUCCCAGCCUCCGCCUGGGGGGAUUCUGGACUCGCUCCAUAACAUAUUUGGCCGCUCUGAGUGUGUGCAGCCUGGAAACAUCCCAUCUUACUCCAGGCGUCGCUCGGUGAACUCCUACGGCGGCUCGCCAGACAAUGCAGAGGCGGCCAGCGGAGCAUGCGUGGAGGUCCGGGUGCCAACCACUGCCCUCCACAUAUUUGAUGCCCACGAUGGCGAGGUGAAUGCGGUUCGCUUCAGCCCCGGAUCCCGCCUGCUGGCCACAGGAGGAAUGGACCGUCGGGUCAAACUCUGGGAGGUGGUCUCAGGUCGCUGUGAGCCGAAAGGAGCUCUGACGGGAAGUAAUGCUGGCAUCACCAGCAUAGAGUUUGACAGCGCCGGCUCCUAUUUGCUGGCUGCCUCCAAUGACUUUGCCAGUCGGAUCUGGACGAUAGACGACUUCAGGCUGAGGCACACCCUGACUGGUCACAGUGGGAAAGUGCUGGCUGCUCGCUUCUUGCUGGACAACGCUCGCAUCGUAUCCGGGAGCUACGACCGCACCCUCAAACUCUGGGACCUGCGCAGCAAAGUCUGCAUGAAGACGGUAUUUGCAGGCUCCAGCUGUAACGACAUCGUCUGCACUGAGCAGUGUGUCAUGAGCGGCCAUUUUGACAAGAAAGUCCGCUUCUGGGAUAUCAGGGCGGAGAGCAUAGUGCGUGAACUGGAGCUGCUGGGCCGGGUGACGUCCCUGGACCUGAACCACGACCGCACCGAGCUGCUCACCUGCUCUCGAGACGACCUGGUCAAGAUCAUCGACCUGCGAACCAACGCCGUGCGGCAGACCUUCAGUGCUCAGGGCUUCAAAUGUGGCUCAGACUGGAGCAGAGUGACCUUCAGUCCGGAUGGGAGCUAUGUGGCGGCCGGUUCUGCGGAAGGAUCACUGUUUGUAUGGAACGUGCUCACGGGGAAACUUGAUCGAACCCUAGACAAAGGCCACGGCUCUGCUGUCAACUCGGUGUCCUGGUCUCCCUCGGGCACCUUUGUGGUGAGCGUGGAGAAGGGCAGCAAGGCAGUGCUCUGGUCCGACAUGUGAUGCGGCAGGGAGGAGGGGCACAGCACCGGUGCCAGCCUGAUGCGGCAGGGCUUGGUUUGGUUAGGCGCUGCCCGCCCCAAACACCACCAGGUGUAGAGACUGGUUUAGCCCCAAGGGGUUGUAUGUUGGGACGGCUGGAUGGAGGUUGCACUACAGGCCAAUGUGCCCCAGCCUCUCCAACCUCAGCACUGCCCUCCUGGCUUGUCUGUGACUGGAUUGGAGCUCUGGUGUAUAAUGAUUAUGUGAGGACAGCUGAACUGUCUUUAUCAAUGAAAUGAAGGUGAAGUGGACGCGUAAUGGAGGAGGUUGGUCAGGACGAGGCGGCAGUUGAGUUGGGUGGUGGUUGUUUGUUCCAACUUUGCACACAAAUAGUAACAGUACACACAACACAAGUACAGAGUGUGUCAUGUCUACCAGUUUGAACACGGACACGCACCAUGUGGGGGGUCUCCGAUGGAAAGGACACUACACAAGACCUGUUUGUUGUUUUCCAGUCACUUUUAUUUGCCACUAUGGAGGUGCUGAUGAUGUACUGUGUCCAUGUCUGUAUAAAACCUUGUCUUGUUUUUGUGUGUGUGUGCGACAAUAGUUUUACACUGCUUCAUGUGGCCAUUGCUCUUAACUGUGUGUGUGUGUGUAUGUAUGUGUGUGUGUGCGUGCGUGCGAGCAUAUGAGUAAGUGGGCGAACAAGAUGUUGAGAUUGAAAGUGAAUGUGUGUGAGGCAUGUUCAUUCCUUUUUGUAUGUUACUGAUUAGUAUGUGUGUGUUAGUGAAUGCGGAAGUGCUUGGGAGAGAGUGUGAAGAGUGACUGUAUUUUGGUGCCGUGUUUGAGCAUUUGUCCUGUGGUCUUAUGACGUCACUUGUACUCUGCCUUAAUCACAUACAGUUGCGGUGGACAUGCGUACAUCACUGAUUCUUGAAAAUUUGGCAAAAACAUGUCUCAGCCACAAAAGUGCUAAGUUUGUCAGAAAAUCAUCAAUUACAUUUUCAUGAACAAAAUAAAUCCAGGCAAUGAUCAAGGGGUCUGCCACACAAAUGUACGGUUGUUUGAAAGAUUUAAUAAUGAUUGUUUUUAAUUAUUUUUCAUUGCUGUAAACCUCCCCACAUCCUGUAAAACAUGUUGUCCUAAGGACAGACAUUAUUUCAAUUGACUACAAACAGAAAAAACGAACUGAAGGAAUUGAAUAAUAUCGGCAUUAAAAAGUAAAGUAUGGGAAGGUUGAUCCAAUACAUUGCUGCACAGCCAAGACCUUAGUCUAUGAUGAUAUCCCUCUAUAUUUUGGGCGUGAACUAGGUUUUUCUUUAGAAAUUAAAACCUGUUUUGGCCACUUUCUCGAGAAUCAGUGACAUCUGAGUUCAGUUCAUAUUCUGACCCGAACCCAUGACCCUGCAAAGUUGCACUCACACACGCAUAUGUGAAGCUCUAGCUCACACGUGCAUGUUUAAGGUCUCCAGAUUCCCCAACGCACCAAGCUGAAAGGGAAACGGAAAUGUCCAGCGUCUUGUUUCUGCUCCUAAUUAGCUUCUCUAUCGCCAGUCUUUCAAAGAAUUUAAUUUUCCCCAUUUAGUGAGUGUCACCAUAGACUAACACUUAUCUCUUGUGCAGGUGUGUGCCACCUGGCUAGAAAACCUGAAUUAAUAAAUUAUCAAGUCAACAGCACAGCGCAAGUAGUUUUGAGUGCAAGGCCUUUUUUUAUUUUAAAACACUGCACAACAGGAAGGUAUCCAACGUUAUGGCACUUAGAAUGGUGGAGGGUGGAAUGGUGUUGAGAAUGCACGAAGGUGGUUAUGAAUGCUGGAAUGUUCCACAUUUGUAAUUACAGUGCAUAGGAAAUGUGAAGGAGGUUUUUUAUUUGAAAUAUGAAAUUAUUCAAUUCCAUAUGGAAGAAAACAAAAGAUGGCUAUCCCACCAUGCACUAAGUCUUAAGUUCAAUGAGUGCAAGUUGGUGAACGCUGCGUUGAUUAGAGAACAUGCACUGACUCCUAUACUCACUAUAUUUCUUUUACAUUUUUUAAGUUUUUUUUUUUCUUUAAAGGUCCAGUGUGAAAUUUUAGUAUCUUUUUCCCCAGGUGUAUGCUGCUCAGUCACACUUUUAUUUUUCAUGAAUGCAUUUACUAAGUAAAUAAAUUAAUAAUCACUCAUCUGACCAGAUUGGGCUUUGCUGACAAAUAUGCAGAUGACUAUAAAAAUGGCCAUGUAUGAAAAGUGUCUAUGUAUGAAGAGUGCACAUUUCCAAGCCAUUAUGAAAUCGAUGGUGGUAGUAAAUAUCCAUGGAAAAGGUAACAUUUGGAAACGGGCCGUUUCAUUCUGGAAAUACUACUGGACCUACACGCUGGAUCAAUUAUUUAGCCCCAUCUCUCACAAAUGGUAACAGGAUAAAUGCGGAGGAGAUUCGUUGGACACUGCCACCCUGCCUUUUUCAGGAAUAGUGUGCAAUAUCGCUUGUCUUGUGUUCAUUUUUCUUUUUUUUAUUAGAUGUUUCAAAUGUAUGGGUUUUUGAUGCAACAGCCUCAACAUACUGAAAUGCCACCUUAUUUUACAGCCAGAAUAGCAUAUCAUAGUUCUGCAAAUCUGCAUGGACCUGUUGAAUUAAAACAUGGAACUAUUUGCUGCCACUCCUGCCCAAUCAGACAGAGGGAGGUAUGGUCACAUGACUUGUCAAGCACCAAUAAAAAACACCCACCCCCAACUUGGCCAGCCUCCUGCCAUUUGGCGAAAAAAAGGAUUGUAUAACUUUUAAGUUAUGGCAAAUGUAUAUGAUAUCCUCUGUCUAUGUAUGUUCUGUGUAUGCACACCAAUGAAAUGUGUGAGCUCAA